AUGUUGUUUGUCUUAAGGUUCGUCUAUAUAUUAGGUUUGCUGCUGCAGGCCAGAAGAGCUGAUGCGGAGAAAUCUGGAGUUCAUGGCCCUCGUAUUGAAGAGAAUACUGAUGUUCAGGCCCCUCGUACUAAAGAUAAGACUGGAGUUCAGGCCUCUCAUACUGAAAAGCAGUCUGGAGUUCAGGCCCUUUGUACUGAAGAGAAUUUGAAAUUUGACAAUUCAUACUUUAAGGAUGAUGACUAUACACCCAGACUUCUUUUUAUUGUUCACCAUUGGGAGCUCAACAAGAAGGUGAAGCUUCCCGUGGAAGCCAUUGAUAAAGCUCUGCUUGACGAUCCAGAAUUCCGCAGGCGUGUGCAUCUUUAUGCAACGGAUGAAGAUGCUUUCAAAAGAGACUAUGUAGUGGCACACAAGAAACUCUCUAAGCCUGGAUUAUCGCAUUCAUCAUUUUUCGGAUCAGCAUUUGAAAAUAGCAUGUUACGUUUGAAGAACAUGCCGGUGACACAAACGGCUGUUGGAGUUGCUAUUGCAGCCGCUGUUGUAAUAUUCAGUGUCUUCUAUGUAAUAUUGGGUUACUUUUAUGAAGUCAACAGGAGAAUCUAG